GCGAUGGCGUUUCAUGUGGCAUGUCCUCUCACAUGCCGGAAGAUUUGCAACUGCGCGCUCGGAUCGUCAGGGCCGCUGCGCAAGCUCGGCGGCAAGGACGCCUUCUUACGCAAUGCGGCGGCUCUCCAGAAGCUCCUGGCGAAGUCUCCACUGAUGAUCACGACUGGCGAGGACACGGUUGAGGUUCUCGUGCCGCGGCAGUCCAAGGAGUCCUCAAAGAAGAAAAAGAAGAAACCAUCCACGUCGGUGGCAGCGGCAGCGGCCGAGGAAGAUGGAGGCGCUCCUCAAGAUCCUCAAGAGCUCCAAGCACAGGAAGAAGAAAAAAUUCUAGAGUCAGUGCCAGAACCUGAGGCCGAUCACGAACCCGAGCAAGAGGAGGAGCCAGAGCAACCAGAGCAACCAGAGCCAGAGCCGGAGAUGGAAGAACAAAGCGUGCCAGCGGAGGACAAUCAACCAGACUAUCAGACACCAGAUGAUGGAGGAGGGGAAGUGAGUACGCCUUCUCAGCCGGAAGAAAGCGUUGCUCCUCCCGAGGAGAUAUUCUGCGGGCUGUGUCAACAGGCAGAAGCCGAGAGUAAGAAGCAGGAAAGGAUGCUAACUUGCCAGGGAUGUGACCGACGAUUCCACCGCAAAUGUUUGAAAGACUGGGCAGGAAAUCGAGAUUUAUUCAACUGGGCUUCUUGGCGCUGUUUGCAUUGCCGGACGUGUGAAGAUUGCAAAGUUACGGGUGAUCCCAACAGGCUCUUGUUUUGCAAAAGAUGCGAUGAAGCUCACCACAAUAACUGCAAGCAAAGUGGUGCUAAGGCUCCGGCAAAAGGACCAUUUCUUUGUCCAAAACACUCGCAGUGCCAUAGCUGUGGUACUCGUGUUCCUGGAGGGGGUUCUAGUUCAAGGUGGUUCCACUCGUAUCUGUUUUGCGAUGCUUGCGGACGACUGUUUGUGAAAGAUAAAUACUGUCCAAUCUGCAUGAAGGUGUACAGAGAAUCAGAGCCGACGCCCAUGGUUUUAUGUGAUGGUUGUGAACAUUGGGUUCACUGUGUCUGUGAAGGCAUCAGCGAUGAAAAAUAUCAGGAGUUUCAAACGAUACAAAAUUUGCGUUUCACAUGUGCUGCCUGUCGUGGAGAAUGCUUUCAGGCGACGAGUGUUGAGGAAGCAGUGGUUGAAUUAUGGAAACGGAAAGACGAGGCAGAUCGGGAUCAGAUUAAAAGCUUGCGUGCUUCGGCUGGUCUUCCUUCGGAAUCCGAGAUGGCUAGACUCUGUCCGUCCUCAGACGACGAGCAAGCACCAGCUUCAGCACCCGCCAGAAAGGAAGGGAAAUGGGUGUUUAAAGUGAAUAGCAGCUCGAAAACAAGAGGAAAGUCGAGUGAAGAAGCCGCCGACUCAUCCAAGAAAAGAUCCAGGAGUGACAACGUUGAGCCCCCGGAAACCGAGAGAAAGACGCUCAAGCUCAAGAUAAAAAAGCCGUCGGGCACCGAAGUUGUGGAAGCCUCCAACACAGCUCGGGGACAGAGAAGCAAAAGGAAAAGGCCAGCGAGCUCACAGGAGGAGGAGGUCGCGGACGCAGUAGAAUCGGAUGAAGACGACACAUCUAUUCUUCACCGGCUUGGCUCGGACGCAGUGACGAAGAGAGUGGAAGUCUGCCGAUCGUCUGAUAAAACAUGGUUGAAGGGAACGAUAACUCACGUGCAGCAACGCAGAUCGCAGUUCACAGUAAAUUUUGACAACGGUGACAAGAAGACUCUCAAAUACGGCAAGGAAAAAGUUCGGCUUUUGGGAAAGAGAGAGAGGUAGACAAGGCAAGCUAGACAACUUUGUUUUUUCGUCUUUAGAAGGUAUAGGUUUGUAGGCUACUGUUUGAGAGGGUAUGGAGACAGCCAAGAGCUUCCAGA